AUGAUUGAUGCAUAUGAAGGUGAAAAGAUAAUAAUCGUUUGUACAGUACCAUAUGCAAAACCACCACCAAGAUUAAAAUGGUAUCGUAAAAAUAUUGAAUUAUUACCGGAAGCGGCCAAAACAACUGUAACAAAAACUUUAUUAUCAAAUCGUCAUACAAUGUAUUCGAUUGAAUCGAAUUUAAUUCUGUAUCCAAAAAUCGAUGAAGAAUAUCGUUGCCAAGCUGAACAUCCAGGCCUUUCAAAACCAUUACGUGCAAUGGCAAUGAUAAAUAUUUAUCGACAACCAUCCCCACCUGUGAUAGAUGGCUAUAAAAAUGGUGAUAUUAUAAAUUAUCAGGAAAAAUUAACAUUAAAGUGCACUUCAAUUAAUGGUUAUCCACCACCGACAAUCAUUUGGUAUCGUAAUGGUGUUGAAAUUGAUCGUCAAUCAACAAUUAUACAACAAAAUGGUCGUCAUGAAGUAUACAAUACAUUAACAAUUAUUGUUGAUCAUAAUGAUAAUCAAGCACAAUAUACAUGUCAAGUGAUGAAUAGUUUAACAACUAUACCAUUACAGGAAACGAUUACAUUGAAUGUUUUUUUAUUUCCAACAAAAAUUCAUAUCGAUGGUCCAACCGAGGUAUUAUUAUCGGAUGAUAAUGAUUCACAAGGAGUACCAAUUACAUUGGAAUGUAAUGCACAUCCUGCAUCACAUCAACCGAAUGAAUCAAAAAUUCGUUGGCUUAUCGAUGAGCCUAAUAUUCGAAAUAUUGCCUGUAUUGCCUAUUCAACGAAUGGAAAAUUUGAAACAUUAUCCACAACACAUCAGAUUAAUGUGAUUUAUCCACCCGAAAUGCCUAUCCUACUUGGUGUUGAAAAUAAUCGUGCAACCGUUUUUGUUGGUGAAAUUUUCAAAUGUAAAUGUGUUUGUUAUGGUGGUAAUCCACGUGCUAAUCUAAUCUGGCUUAAUCAAAAUGAUCGUGAGGUAUAUGAUAUGAUUUAUUUAUUACAAAAUUGGAUACCGAACCCGAACCACCAACACAUAUAG